GGGUGGGCCAGCGGCCCGGCGCGGGAGUGUGGUUGCAACUCGGCCCCUCCGGAGCGGCUCCCCUCGACUCGGCUGGUCUCGCCCCUUCCCGGUCCUGCCCGAGUGCCGGCAUGGAGAAGCUGCGGCGAGUGCUGACCGGGCAGGACGACGAGGAGCAGGGCCUGACGGCGCAGGUCCUCGAUGCCUCAACACUCAGCUUUGGUACUCGAGUCAGAUGGUUUGCCAUAUGCUUUGUUGCAGGCAUUGUAUGUUCUGUUCUUGGAACAGCAUUGCUAUGGCUCCCAAAGGGGAUCAAACUCUUUGCAGUGUUUUAUACCCUGGGAAAUAUUGCUGCAUUAGCCAGUACAUGUUUCCUGAUGGGGCCGGUGAAGCAACUGAAAGCAAUGUUUGAGCCAAAAAGAUUAAUGGCUACAGUUGUGAUGUUGCUCUGCCUGGUAUUGACGCUGUGUGCUGUAUUCUGGUGGAACAAAAAAGGUUUGGCGGUGUUAUUCUGCAUAUUGCAGUUCUUGGCAAUGACCUGGUAUAGUCUGUCAUAUAUUCCAUUUGCAAGGGAUGCUGUGAUUAAAUGCUUCACAACCUGUCUAGGGUAAACUGAAAAGGAGAACCACUGUACCCUUUCAAAGCCAACUUUUAUUCCUGAGUUCUUCUCAACAAACCAUAAUUUUCCAUUCAUUAAAUACCCAGUAACAAUAUUUUCCUUGCCUUUUGCAUUUGGAGGAUGUAAUAGCUUUUAUUAGAAACGGUUUCAAAAAUAGAUUUGGUGAAUUGUUUGUGUUAACCCUGGAAGUUC